UCUAGGUGUGUGACUAACGCCGAAGAUGUACUGAAGGUGGUUUCCGGACGUUUUCGCGCGGCUUGAAAAAAAAGGCGAGGCGAUAUUUUCUUCCUUGUCCCCCCCUUGAAGACCUACCCGUUUGGACUCUACCGAUUUACCGCAAUAAGGUGGGUUUACCCCGAGUUUGAAUUGACACACGAGACUCAACCCGACAGUAUUGUCGUGAGGCCUGAAUGCUAUAUCAGCCCCAGCUGAGUCCGAUUUUCUCUUCGUUUGAAAAGGAAAGGAUGUAUCGAAACUUUGGGAGUCAAGGACGAGGCAGCCCGGCGUACACAGGCAGCGUCUCUGGGUCCAACACUGGAUCCCUGGGGAGCACUAGCACCUCUGGAGCGACACAACAGGAGCAGAAAUAUGCCAUGGCAGGCACCAGUCAGUUCGUACCGAGCCUCAAUGCCAUCACGACCAGCCAGGACCUCCAGUGGCUGGUACAACCCUCCCUCAUGCAUCCACCGGGCCCUUCAAGGUCACCGGUACCUCCUUACGCAACCUUCUCAGGGGCACGGCCGCUGGGUCCACCUCCUUCCCAGUCCCAUCUUCUCAGACCGGGGGUAAUAAGAGCCGCCACAAACACUACUGCUUCGCCAAGACGCAGGAAUGAUGAACUUUUAUCCCAGGAAGAGUUGGAAAGACGCAGAAUAAGAAGGGAGCGGAACAAAUUGGCAGCAGCAAAAUGUCGCAAUCGCCGACGGGAGCUCACUGACUCACUGCAAAAUGAGACCGACCAGCUGGAGGAUGAAAAGUCCCGCUUACAGAAGGAAAUAGCUGAAUUACAAAAGGAGAAAGAAAAGCUUGAGCUGGUCCUGGAAGCUCACCGUCCCAUCUGUAAAAUAGACGACUCCGAUUCGGAUUCUGACCCAAAUCCUUCAAUUUCCUCUUUCGGAGGCAUCAAAAAAGAGCCAGAGGACUCCAGCAGACCUGGACCUUCAACCAAACUCCCAACAAAGAUUGAGAAAGCCAAGCCAAAGAUAACUAUCCCCACCAAGCCUGUGACAUCGUCUGCCUCUGCUGUUGCCAUUGAAUCAGAGUCGCUCCACACCCCGGUUCUCACAUCUACCCCCUCGCUAAUGCCAUUCGCAGCCGGUAUGGUUUUCACCUAUCCCUCUGCCUCUUCAGACACCAGCGCCUCCACCAUGCCCCAUACUACAUCACAUCAGGGAAAUGUCCAACAGUCUCAAGCCCCACAGCCCUGUGGCAUAGCUUACCGCCGCAGCAGCAGCAGUGGUGACCAAUCGGAUCACUCCCUGCACUCCCCGACCAUCCUCACACUGUGAUUGGCGGCCCCGUGAUCCUGGCAAAACACUAAUGUUCAUUUCGACGCAGUCAUUGUGUGUAUGACAAAAAGGAUCUCUGGGAAACCUGGCGGAAAUGAAAAUGAUGAUUGUAAUAACCCUUUCAAAAUGAACUACGUGCCUCUGCUUCAUUUAAUUUCUUUAGAAAGUUGAUUCUGUACUUAGAUAACGUGCAAAUUAGUGGCAUUAUCAGAUAUGAAUGUUACACUUUUUUUUACAUUUGAUAUUAAUAUACAGACUUUAUAUUUCUAAUUUUAAAAGCUGUGAGUUGAAACUAGUAUGUUUGAGGUUUACUAAGAAUUGCAUGCAAAAUAUAUUCUCUAAAAGAUUUUACAAGCCUUCUAGAAAGAACUGUGAUAAUACCAUCUAAUGAUAAAUAAUGGUAAUAAUUCCUAUAUAAUAAUUAUACAUUCAUAUAAUAUUGAAUGUAAUGACUUGUUACAUUGUUAUGCCAUGUAAUGUAACACUUUAUAAAUGUCCUCAUCAAGGGAAGUAGAGUACUUACAAUAAAUGGUCCUUAUUUUUGUAUGAAUCUUUUAAGAAUUCUAAUGUAGUCGAUGCAAAUUAUUGACCACUAAGGCUGGACCAUAGGAGUUAAUAUAGAUUACAUAGUCAUGUAUUUAUUUUUUAAAGUGUAAUAUAUUUUUGGUAUUGUUUUUUAUUCUCUCUGUCAAAUUGUUGACAGAGAAACUGUUUUGGUGGGCAGUGCCUUACUUUUAUCUUUUGUCAAAGCUGAAUUGCUUCACAGAUAAUAAAAAAAAAAAACAAAAAAAACUUUCAUAACUGUGUGGAAAUUGUAAUGAUGUAAAGUUAUUGAUAAAAACAAACAAACAACAGGAUGAGUAGAAUGAAACGCAACUUAAAAACAACAGAUUCAAUAGAUUCAGUUGAGAAUGGAUCACUUAAAGUGUGAAAAAAAAGAUUUUAAAAUUUUGUAUGGUGAACACUGAGACACCAGAUUAACCCAAACUGGAAUUAAAUACAGUAGGAAUGAAACACAUAGUCAAUAAAAUGAUUAGUUUUGAUUAGUGCUUCAAUUGUUUCAUGCAUUUAAUCAAGAAAAAAUAUGAAAU